AUGGGCUCCAUCUCAAGCUGUUUCAAUGGCCACGACAUCAACCCGGAUGAGAAGCCUGAAGUCAAGAUGAAGGAGCUUCCAGCUGGUGGCGAAGCGCCGGACCUUCCAGCGCCCGCCGCCUCCAUCGAUCACUCCGAGCUGGCGCGGAUGGGACGAGAAGAACGAGAAGAAGGUCGGUGGCUCCACGAAUACGAAGUGAUUCUGAAGAAAACCAACGGCAAGAGGAUGGGAAUUGAUGUCGAUCACAAAGACGGAAAGACGUUGCUCAUCGAAUGCAUCAACGAGGGCCUCGUCAAGGAGUGGAAUGAGACCGCCCCGGAAGAGCAGAAGGUGGCGGUGAACGACCGCAUCGUCGAGGUGAACGGCUUCCGCGAGGAGGUCGCGAGGCUCGUGGACGAAUGCCAAAAAGAUCAGGAGCUCCGGAUCAAGGCUGUUCCCUUGAUUGGUGAUCAGAUGGCACACCUGGAGCUGUACCAUGCACCAUGGAAGAUGGAAUUCCUCCACGAGGAAGCUCGUUUUUGGGGUUGUGCUUCCCUGGUGAUGAACGUGAGGAUGGAUCACGCCGAAGCUCAGCAGCACUCUGCUCGCGCUCUGCUCGUUGCUCUUCUCGCUCUCCGCGCCCAGGUGGGCCAGCCUUGCGAAGGUAGAUCCCGGCGUUGGGAGACCCGGGCCGCUGGCCGCUUGCCGCGCCUCGUGCGGCGCGACGGGGACCACUUCGAAACCUCUGCCGAUGCCUUGCAUGACGUGGCCCCGCUGCUGCGUCGUGCCGCCAAGCAGCGGCACUUGGCGGUCGACGACUUGAGGGCGCGGGACUCCCAGUGGCAGUGGACCUCAGUCUAUGAUCCUUACUACUGCAACGGCCGCGCCAAAGAGCUCUUGAAGGCCUUGGGCUUCCGCCGGGCCAUCAACCGGCGCCGGGACUUCUACGCAGACAUCGCCCACAACACCGUGCCCCAGUUCCACGUCCGGGAACCUGGGCGAAGCGCAGAAGGAGGGACCACGGCCGUGGCGAAGGAAGCGCGGCGCUCGCCAGCGUUGCUACUUGCAGCUACGCAGCUUGCGCCCGUGGAAGGUCAGCUUCCACGUGCGUACCAAGGAGGGACCACCCAGGACAGCGAGAGUCGCGAGCACGAAGAGGAAGAGGUCUUGUUGACGAAUCCGCCCUACAGCGGCGAUCACAAGACCGGUCGCGGCGGGAAUGCGCGGUGGUCUCGCCCCAUGGCACACGUCGUCUUUGUGGCCUUGGGCUCUCGCGGCGACGUGCAGCCGCUGGCCGUGCUGGCCAGCGCUGUGGCCGACGUUGACGCCGUGGCACAGGUGUCACUGGUGAGUCAUUCCGAGCUUCAGAAGCUCACUGAGGAGCUGGAGAGGCGCCUGGCUUCUGCCUUCGCCCACGCGACAUGGCGCCAUGGCUUCCCCACCGUGGUCUUCCGCUCCGCUUUCCCUUCGGCGGUGGUUGCUCGCCAGGAGCCGGAGGUCUGGAGCUCCAAGGUGCUUUGGAGGCCCUUGGCCCAGCCGUGCUUUGUCCAUGAUGGUCGCCUGAACGCCGACACGCCAGACGUGCUGGACCUGCAGGGCCGUCGCCGCGCCGAGUGGAUCGAGGCCAUCGGCCGCGCCGGGGACGCCGACGUCCUGGUGUGCAACCUCUUCGCCAUGCCACCGGUCUUCCACCUGGCCGAACGUCUGAAGAUUCCGUGGAUUUGCUGCUCUCCAAGCCUGAUCCCGUAUUCCAUGCCUGAGACCUUCGAGCAGGAGCUGACCGAGAACAUGCCUGACUUAAUGGAGGUGUUGAAGAAACGUGAUGAACCAGGAGAUGAAAGCCUGUUCUCCUGGAGCACAGUCAAGAGCUGGAUGUGGCCAGUCUUCACCGAGAGCCAUGCCAUUCUCAGAGAGGAGUUCUUGGGCCUGCCGCCGGUGCCGGGCGACCGCGCCGGCGACGGCCACGACCACUUUGCCCCGGAGACCUUGAAGGGCGCCCAGUUCCUUCUUGGCAUUCCUGCAGCCCUGAUACCAGCCUCCGUGACCCUGCCGCCGGCCGCCGUCGUUUGCGGCGCCUGGAGCCCUGCGGAAGACCGCGCGAGGAAGCAGCCAAAGGCCUUGGUGGAGUUCCUGGCGCAGUGUGAAGAAGAGGUGGCCAAGGGGCAACUGACUGGGCCUCCCUUCUACAUCGGCUUUGGCAGUAUGGGAGCGGAGGGCUUAGUCCCAGACGCCGAGAAGGUCUUGAAGGUGCGGCGGUGGAUCUAG